CUGAGGUGAAACAAAGUGAGAGCAGUUAUGAUCGUUCACAUGAGAUGGAGUCUCUUUAUUUUAUGGUUUUUACAUCAUGGAGACUUCUCCUGGGCAGAGAGGUUCACUGUUGUUGGUCCUUCUCCUUCCAUUGUUUCUUACGUUGGUGAAGAUGUCAUCCUGCUCGCCUCCCUGUCACCAGCAUUGGAUGCUGAGGGCUUUGAGGUCAGGUGGUUCACAACUAAUAUCUUUUCUCCAGUGCUUUUAUAUGCGGAUUACAGAAUCAUAAAUCUCAUCGACUCAAGAAGAGCUCUUUUUCAAGAGAAGCUGAAGAGCGGCAACGUAUCUCUUAUUGUGCAGAGUGUCCGUGUGUCUGAUGAAGGCGUCUACACGUGUCUUGUGGCCUCUGGACCGUUGGAGGAAGACGUGAAGAUUACACUGAAUGUUGAAGUUUUAGGUGCUCAGCCCUCCAUUUCUAUGAGCUCCACUGAAGGCCAGAAGACCCGACUGGAGUGCAGCGCUGAGAAGUGGAACCCCCAACCAGAAGUCACCUGGAGGGACAUGAAUGGGGCAGACGUGACGUCACAGUCCACAAUAAAGUCAGAGCGGGACUCCGAGGGUCUUCUGAGAGUGAGCAGCGUCCUCCCGGUGAAGGAGGAGUACAACGUGUUCAGCUGUCUGAUGAGAAGUAAAGCACCAAAGCCAGACUGGCACUCCGGACUUGGCAUCUACAGUUUCUCCCCAGGGGUCUCUGGCUGGUUGGUGGCUUUCUGUGUCUUGUUGGUUCUUUGCUUAGUGGUGACUCCCCUGCUGGUCAUUCAAUGGAGAAGAAUGAGAGAAACAAACACCAGAUAUGACUCAAUAGUCGGAUUCCUUCCUAUUUGGUUUCUGCACAAGGAAAUUGAAAAGUCACAACGCGUCACCAAUGCAGAAUGGAGGAGAAUAUGCAGCUCAGCAGCUGAUGUCACUUUUGACCCUGAGACUGCACAUCCAUGUCUCAUUGUGUCUGAAGACGGGAAAGAAGUGAGACUGACAGACACAUGGCAGAGUGUGACGGAAAAUCCAAAGAGGUUUAACCACUGUGUUUGUGUACUGGCCAGAGAAAGAUUCACGUCAGGGCGACACUACUGGGAGGUGGAGGUCGGGGGGAAGACUAACUGGGAUUUAGGAGUCGCCAGAGAGUCGGUCAGCAGGAAGGGGGAUAUUACAGUGCGCCCAUAUGAUGGAUACUGGACUGUGUGUCUGAGGAAUGAGAACGAGUAUGUAGCUUGCAUUGGCCGUUCUCUCCCCCUCCCGCUGAGAGUGAAGCCCCAGACAGUGGGGGUCUUUCUGGACUAUGAUGGAGGUCAGGUCUCCUUUUACAAUGCCCAGUCCCGCUCUCACCUCUACACCUUCACAGACUCCUUCACUGAGCCCCUCUAUCCGUACUUCAAUCCUAAUCUUAAUGACGAUGAUAAAAACGCGGCCCCUCUGGUCAUCUGCCCCCUGCGCACACACUGACCCCUCUGUAUUAAUGUCGUCUGUCCAUCUCUGAGCAGCACAAAGCCGAUGGAGACUUUCUUUAACAUCAGACCACCGAACUCAA